CCUUCUCUCUCCUUUCAUUUUUCUUUUGGAUUCUUCUCCUCUCUUCUAUAAAUAGACAGAAUAAUAUGUGUAAUUGUUGUGUAUGUGUUUAGGCUAGGGUUUAAAAAAUAAUACUAAAAAAAAAAAAGAAAAUCAACAUCAAGCAGUUGACAUAUGCAAUAGGCAGAGAGGCUUCUCAACUCAUAAAUAACAUCAUCAUCAUCCAUCAGAGUAGAGAGAGAGAGAAGGUAGUAAGUAGCUAAGAAAAAAGAAAAUGGUGAGAGACAUGAUGGGCACAUACUCAUCAUCAGGAGACAUGAAUGAGAAACCUGCAUGGCUAGAGAGGUUGAUGGCUGAGACAUUCUUUGGUGGUUGUGGGGUCCACGAGGAUCGCAGGAAGAACGAGAAGAACGUCUUUUGCUUGCACUGUUGCCUUAGCAUCUGCCCCCACUGCCUCUCUUCUCACCGUUCUCACCCUCUCCUCCAGGUGCGAAGGUAUGUUUACCACGACGUGAUUCGAUUAGAUGAUCUGGAAAAACUCAUUGAUUGUUCCAAUAUUCAGCCCUAUACUAUAAACAGCGCCAAGGUAAUAUUCUUAAAUCAGAGGCCACAAUCAAGGACAUGCAAAGGUCCUGCCAACGCUUGCUUCACUUGUGACAGGAUUCUUCAGGAGCCAUUUCAUUUCUGCUCUCUAUCAUGCAAGGUGGAUUACAUGGUGUAUGGGGGUCAAAGCUUGUCGAGCAUUUUGCAUCGAUUUGAUGAAUCUGAUUUUGCAAUUUCGCAAUUCGAGGGCCUAAGAGUGGAUGGGUCAGAGGUAACCGAUGAAGAUACCCAAAUUGCCCCUAGCUCUUCUUACUCCAACACUGAGGCCACCAGCAAUUCGGUAAUUUCACGUGAACCAAAUAGCAGCGUGAAGAAGGGCAAGACCAAUAGGUUCCUCCCUGGUAUCGUCCUAUCUCUUGGCAGCAGAAGAAAGGGUGCCCCUCACAGGGCUCCUCUCUCCUAGAUCCAUCCAUAUCAUUAUUAUUAUUAUUAUUAUUAUUAUUAUUAUUAUUAUUAUU